AUGCUUGUCGGCGGCUUCUUCAUACGCUCAACAACCCCUCUCUCUAAUCCCUUCACCAUCCCCUCCAUCUUCUCUCGCUCUCCUCCUCCCUCGUUUCCCUUCAUCCGCUCCUCUCUCGCAGCAGCAGCCGACUGCUUCCACGACGCGAUCGCCAUCUUUCAGCUCUUCUGGCCUCUUUUCCUCACCAUGUUCUGCAUCAGCCUCUUCACCUGCUUCGUUCAGCAACACAUCAUCUCUAUGCUCGCCACUGUAUUCCGCACACUUGCCAAUGGCAUGCGGAGAAUUUAUUUGCCUAUCCUCAACUUGGCCACGCCAGCCAUUGAUCGAGUUCUCCAGCUACUGCCAACCAACUUGACGCCACUCAAAAAGAGCAAGAAAAAGACUGGCGGUAGACCGCGAUCUGUUGCCGAUAACAGUAGUGCUCGCUAG